AACGCUUAUUAAAAGGAUCAACAACUCAAGACAGAAGUACACAUACAUUACAGAGGCAACAGAACCACCAAAUCAAAUUGUUUCCAAUAUUCAAAGAAAAUGGGAAAAGGAGGAGCUUACGUGACGGUGGCGGCGGAAGAGGUGGAGGAGCUACGGAGGAGGAACGGAGAAUUGGAGAGAGAAAUGGAGGAGAUGAAGAAAGAGAUGAUUCAGUUGUGGCGGAGGACGGUGGUGGCGGAAGAGGCGGAGGAGAGACUCUGCUCGCAGCUGGCGGAGCUGGAGGUCGAGUCUCUAGAUCAGGCGCGUGAGUAUGAGUCUCGUAUACACUUCCUCGUGGACCGAGUCUCUCGUCUCUCUUCCUCCUCUCUCGAAGUCGUUGUUAUGAAUUCUUAGUCUGAUAUUAUACUAAUAUCUGUAAAAACGGCUAAGAAUUGUAUGAUCUAUACCAGUUUUAAGUUCUUUUUUUUUUUUUAGUUAGGAGAUCCAAAACCUCUAGAGCUAGUCUAAUGUAAACAAAAGUAAAACAAAUCAUCACUGUAUUAAAAUUUCCAUUUUCAACAUUUAUAUACCUAGAAAACAUUUUUUUCUCGUU